UGAUCAUGGCAGCAAGUGGCUCUCGGCUAGCACUGGUCGCCCAGUUCGACGACUUCAGUCGGCGGCACAGCAUGUUGAUGGACACUGCAGCCGAAGAGCUGAUUUUGGAAUUCGUGCGCAACCAGGAAGCGUGCCGCAAGCAGUGGCAUGCUGCCGUCCUCGAAAACGCCGAGCUGAAGAAGCAGGUUGCAUCGUUGACGCAAACCAACGUGGAACUUCAACGAAAGCUCGCCCAUACAGAGGAGGUCCUGUGCAAAGAAUUGCUGCGCAGAGAAAGAUGUGAAGAAGAGAUUCGGCAGAAGCAAAGCCAGUUCGAGCAGGUGCGAGACCUCCUUGCCAACAACGAGAUUUGUGAAGAGACUGCUCAGAAACUCUCAAUUAUCAUGCCUGCCGACGACGGAUCUCAAGUUCACACUGUCAGGAUGAGCAUCAUCGAUUCCGUCGGCUCGGUGAUCUCCCCUUCCGAAGAUGACCUGUAUGCGAGCGAAGACUCCGCCAGCUGCUUCGGCACGCCAGGCUUCCAGGUCAAGCGUCGGCACGAUUUCUUCGACGACCUGUCACCUUUUGGAAAAAGAUCCAAGACAAACGAUGAGGGUGAUCAGACUCGUGCGAAUGGGCUGCACACAACCGCAACCAUCACGGAUGACCAGGACCUGGAAGCGACUGCACAGGCAGUCGCCCGGCCACCGACACCCUUUGCGCCCAACGUGCCGGCCCCACCACCGCUACCGCCAACACCAGCGUCUUCGACACCCAGGAUGACGCCAAAGUACUCCAGUGGAUCUGCACCGAGCACACCGGUCGCCCAGAGACGCGGGAAUGCGGCAGCGAGUGCCGCCAUGCCGAGGCGGAGCAACUCGGCCGAGAAGCUGCUCUCCCGACAGCACGCCUUCUGCCCCAAGACGGCGAUCAAGGCAGAGACGUGUGGUCCGUGUGGCAAGCGCAUCAAGUUCUACAAGACGGUCUUCAAGUGCAGCCGCUGCAACGCCGUCUGCCACCGGGAGUGCAAGACCCAGGUGCCGCUGCCCUGCAUUCCGAACACUCCCAAGCGCAGCGGAGUGGGCAGCCACCGAGGCACACUCAUCUCGGACCACGCACCGUCCACGGCGCCCAUGGUGCCCGCACUCGUGGUCCACUGCAUUCAGGAGGUGGAACGCAGAGGACUAGGCUGUGUGGGCAUCUACCGGGUGUCUGGGUCAGAGCGGGAAGUGCGCGAGAUCAGGGAACGCUUCCUGCAAGGCAAGGGCGUGCCGAACUUGUCCAAGGCUGACAUCUAUGCCGUGUGCGGCGUUCUCAAGGCCUUCCUUCUCUCGCUUAGGGAGAGCCUCGUCACCAAGUCGCUGUGGCACGCUUUCGUCAGCGCAACAGAAUAUGAGCAUGAAGACCGUGUGUGGGCCAUGUGGCAGGCUGUGAUGCAACUUCCUCCGGCCAACCGUGACACUCUGGCUGCCCUGGUGCUGCACCUGCAGAUGGUGGCGGCCCACCCCGAGGCCAAGAUGCCUCUAUCCAACCUGGCGCGUGUCUUUGCACCCACCGUGGUGGGGUGCUCGGUCAACGACACUGCAUCGGUGCCUAACCUUUUCCUCGAGAUGGAGCAGCAGAACAAGGUGAUGGAGACGCUACUGUCGCUGCCGGCUGACUACUGGAAUCAGCUCUUGGACGUCUAGUGCAAUGGAAACAAAGCAUUUGGCACUAUGAAACCGGUGUUUGGUGGUCUGGCCUUGUUUAAGGAAUACCCUGCUGACCUCUCGUCUUGGCUCGAAGUUGCGGCAUGCCAGAACGUCUUCGAUUCCCCCUUUUUUAUAUUUAUACGCUUCGACAACCUCUGUAAAGUGCGCUAUUUUAAUAAAUGUGUAUUGCAAUUCUUUUCUUCU